UCUAGUGGUCGGAUAUCUUCUACUCGCAAAUCCCAGGUGAGAACUGAACGAACGGUGGCACAGUAUACACGACCUUUCAACUUCAGUGAGACGGCGCGUCUACACCAAGGUGUUUCAUUCCCGCAUAUGCUGCUCGAGCGUCGGAAAUGCGGGCAGUUAUCUACUUUUCUGUUCUACCGUCAUUGUGGACUGGAGUGUUUCGAUGAAGAUGCCCCAUCGGAAUCGCACAGCGUUCACGAAAACUUUUUCGGGUGUUAUCUGUUAGUUUCACAAAAUGUGAAGUAUCGUGGCAAAACAUAUAUCGGUUUCACGGUGGACCCAAACAGACGAAUUCGUCAACACAAUGGGGGACGCUGCAAAGGCGGUGGAUAUGGUGCUAAUUGUUCAUGGAUUCCCGAACGAAAUAUCCGCUUUGAAUGGGCAUGGCAAAACCCUGAACUUUCUAGACGGCUUAGCAAUCAAGGCGCUAGUCACCAACCCAAAGAAACGCCGUUUGAAUACCGGUUUCGUAUUUUGAGUCUUAUGUUGCCUCCACCCUUCCACAUUCCGAUCGCGUUUGGACCACUGGUUUCGGGACACAAUAAUACUAGCACAACGGUGGCCACUUGCUCAGCAUCGUCCUUUUCCCGAUGCGGUCUGUGUUUGAAGUGGACUAUGGUAUGUAGGUUACGUACUUUUCACAAAUUUGCUUAUUAA